GCUGCGAGACACCUCAAAAAGAGAUUCUCUCGCGCACUCUCUCUCUCACUCUCACUCUCUCUCAGGUGUCGCCAUCGCCAUCGCCAUUUCUUCAUUCCCUCCACCGGUGGAUCUUGGCCUCUUCUCCGAGCAAGCGCAGCGAUAGCGGAGAGAGAACGACCAUGGACGGCGGAGUAGGAGCGUCCUCGCCGCCGCCGAAGUCGCCGGACUCUGCUCCCGAGCCGAAGCGAAGGGAAAGGAAGCAGAAGAGCGGGUUAGGGUGGCUAGAGUGGACACGAGGGUGGAUGAGCGUGGUAGGGGAGAUGCUGUUCCAGAGGAUCAUGGCCAGUCACCUCCAGAACCCUCUCCCUCUCCCUCCCGUCAACAACCUCACCUGCAUUGUGACCGGCUCUACGAGCGGCAUCGGCCUCCAAAUCGCCAGACAGCUUGCGGAAGCUGGGGCCCAUGUUGUGAUGGCUGUGAGGAAUCCAAAGGCGGCUCACGAUUUGAUCCAAAAGUGGCAAAAUGAGUGGUCUGGAAUGGGUCUUCCUCUUAACAUCGAGGUGAUGGAACUUGAUCUACUUUCAUUGGAUUCUGUUGUGAGAUUCGCUGAUGCAUGGAAUUCGAGAUUAGGGCCUCUUCACGUUCUUAUCAAUAACGCAGGCAUAUUUUCCAUUGGAGAACCACAGAAGUUUUCAAAAGAUGGAUAUGAGCAACAUAUGCAAGUUAAUCAUCUGGCUCCAGCAUUGCUAUCAGUAUUGCUUUUGCCAUCGCUCCUUCGCGGCUCUCCAAGCAGAAUUGUCAAUGUAAAUUCUGUGAUGCACUAUGUUGGCUUUGUUGAUCCUGAAGACAUGAAUCUUGUUUCCGGGAGGAGGAAAUACACAAGUUUAUUAGGUUACUGUAGCAGCAAGUUAGCUCAGGUUAUGUUCAGCAGUGUCCUCCAUAAACGGCUGCCUGCUGAAUCUGGAAUCAGUGUAUUAUGUGUAUCACCUGGAAUAGUCCAAACCAACGUUGCGAGGGAUCUUCCUAGAAUUGUUCAAGCUGGUUAUCGCGUAAUACCCUACUUUAUAUUUAAUCCUCAAGAAGGUUCUAGGAGUUCGCUUUUUGCUGCGACGGAUCCUCAGGUUCCAGAGUACUGCGAGUUACUGAAAGCAGAUGAGUGGCCUGUUUGUGCAUUUCUCUCUCAAGACUGCCGUCCAACAAACCCUUCUGAAGAAGCACACAAUGUUGAAACCUCUUACUGGGUAUGGGAAAAGACAUUAGAGUUGAUUGGCCUUCCUUCAGAUUCUGUGGAGAGACUUAUAGAAGGGAAAGAGAUUACUUGCCAAUAUGUUGGUCAUUAGGGUGAUUAUCCUUUCUUUCUUUUUACAUGGAGUGCUGGUCCACAUGAAAGCCUACGUGGAAUGCUCGCUAAUGGCAUCUUCAAAUGUUUUCUGAUGGUAUUUUAUGACGCUGAUACCGAUCCAUGAAGGAAGAAAAAGGCCGAUUAAUUAGAGCCGUUUAGUGAAAAUUCUGUGGGACAGUAAAUGUUAGGAUGAACUCUCUCUUUCACACUUUUGUAAUAACAUCAGCCAGCCUUAUCCUUGGAAAUGCAGGUGCUUGUUAUAGGCUGUGAAGCCACUGCUGGUUUGACUGCCACUGGGUUUCUCACCGUACAUCUUUUUGUUGAAAAUUGGUAAAAACAUAGGCCAAUUCUAGG